GGUUGGAUUUUAUCCCAACCCGUCUCCCAUUCUUCCAGACAUUACAGAGCUCUCUAAUGGAGUCGCACUCCCUCUACCUCUCCUCUUCCUCCCUAUUUCUCCACAAACUUCCCUCUCUCAAACCAAUCUCUCUAUCCCCUUCGCUCAUUCCCUUCAAUUCAAAACCUCUCAGCGUCUUCAAUGGCGCCCAUCUUCCCACCAUUAACAAAACCCCGUUUCAAAACCCUUCCAAUCCUUCAACAAAGCCUCUCAAAAACCCCCAUUUCCUCUUCGCAAAAACCUCCCCAUUUCACCAAUUGGUGAAAUCCCAUCUCCCUUUUGCUCUUACUCAGCUCCUUCUCUCCCCUCUCCCUAGCCUCGCCUUGGAAACCGACCAAGCUUCUUCCGAUAAGAUAAACUUGGAGUCCAUUUUAGUUUCGAUUGAUGACUUUUUCAACCGAUACCCAUUUUUUGUUGCUGGGUGUACUUUCAUUUGGCUUGUUGGGAUACCCUUGAUUGACUACUAUUUUCUAAGGAAGUACAAGUUCAUUUCUGCCAUUGAUGCGUUUCGCAGAAUUCGGGAUGACCCAAAUGCACAGCUCUUGGAUAUUAGAGAUGAAAAGAGCUUGGCGUUUUUAGGGUCUCCCAAUUUGAGGAUUUUGAAUAAGGAUGUGGUGCAGGUUGUGUAUUCAGAGGAGGAUCAAGAUGGGUUUGUGAAGAAGGUGAAGAACGGCUUUGGAGAUGGUGCUGAUACUCGAGUAUUUGUCCUGGACAAUUUUGAUGGUAACUCCAUGAAAGUGGCCGAGUUAUUGUUCAAGAAUGGGUUCAAGGAGGCUUAUGCAAUCAAGGAUGGUGUUAGGGGCGAAAAAGGGUGGUUGGCGAUACAGGAGUCCUUGUUACCGCCUUCUGUUCACAUUAGCAGAAGGAAAAAGGCUAAAGCUUCCAAAAAGUUUGGGACUAAUGGAGUUGUUCAACAAAGUGUAGACAAAGAGGCUGUUCCAUCUUUGAAAUCCUCCAAUGGAGAUAUCCAAACUUCACCCAUCCAUGUCAAUGCAUCGUCAGACACCGAGUCCAAGUUGAAAACUCGGUCAAGGUCAUCGUCUCCUUAUCCAAACUACCCAGAUUUGAAACCACCAUCUUCUCCCACUCCCUCAAAGCCAAGGAAAUGAAAGGCUUACAAGUUUUGAGCUGAUCAUCUUGUUCUGCAUAGAGAAGUUGACUACAAUACUAUCAAGAGGCGGCUAUUGUUUCCAUGUGGUUGUUGUAGACUCCAUUUUUUUGGCAACUAGCUGUAUAUAAUACAUAAUUUAGUCUUUUUGCUUCUUAUACAGUUGGUGCAAUUCAAGAUUUAAGCAAAUGAAGGCACUUCGACAUUCCUCAA